GUGUCAUAUUGUCAAUGUCAAAGCAAGCCUUAGGAGAGCAUUGUUUGGAAAAUAUAACUUUCUUGUAACUAUAAAUUGUAAUUAUUAGUUAAGAACAAUAAGUUAACAUGGCAAGGAAUGCAGAAAAAGCUAUGACGACAUUGGCGCGUUGGCGCGCUGCACAAGUACAAGAAGCAGGCGGGCAAAGAGAGCGUCGCCCUUACCUUGCAUCUGAGUGUAAUGAUCUACCACAAGCAGAGAAAUGGAGACUUCAAAUUGUCAGAGAAAUUGCAAAAAAAGUUGCACAAAUUCAAAAUGCUGGUCUUGGUGAGUUUCGUAUUCGAGACUUAAACGAUGAGAUCAAUAAACUGAUGCGGGAGAAACGUCACUGGGAAGUACAAAUAAAAUCGCUCGGCGGGCCCGAUCACGCUCGCGUCGGACCAAGGAUGUUGGAUCAAGACGGAAAAGAAGUGCCGGGAAACAGGGGAUAUAAAUAUUUCGGAGCCGCUAAAGACUUACCAGGUGUCCGUGAGCUGUUCGAGCAGGAGCCCCCCGCGGCGCCGCGACGGACUCGCGCCGACCUCAUGCGUGACGUCGACGCGGAUUACUACGGGUACAGAGACGACGACGACGGACUGCUGCUGCCGUUAGAACAGGAAGCAGAGAAAGAAGCAAUAGAGAAAGCGGUUGAUGAAUGGAAAAGAAACAAAGAAGAAAAUAGAGACCAGGAGACGACGGAAGAAGAAAAUAUUUACCCAGAAGACCCUGAUGACAAGAGGAUAGAAGACGAAGAAAAUGAAAAACCAAUGGAGACAUCGCAUGUGGCUGUCCCAUCUCAGAAAGAUGUAGAAGAAGCAUUAUUAAGAAGGAAAAAACAGGAACUUUUAGAAAAAUAUGGUUGUCUUGAUGUAAAAAUGGAAGAGAGCUAACGUAAGAAUAAAUUUAUUUAUAGGAUAUUUGUAAC